AUGAAGGGACUAUACCAGGUCGCUGGUCGAAUUCUCGUUACUCUGGGGAGUCUCAGUGUGUUCUCUGGAGUUACUGCUUUCUUCCCUGUCUUCUCUUACAAGCUUUGGUUCACAGGAUGGAGUGUUUGGACUGUUUGUCCCAUCUGGAAUGGAGCUUUGGCUAUCACAGCUGGUGUGCUUCUACUAUUGGCUUACAAAGAGUGGACCCACAGAUACCUGUGGGAAGCUAGUUUCACCUUUGUGCUUCUGAGCAUUAUGGGAUGUCCAUUUCAUUUUGCAAUAGCCUUGAAAUCUGCUCUCCUUGGCCCAUAUUGCUUCUACUCGUUUUCAGGGGUUGCAGGAAGCAAUUACCUUGGUUAUUCAGUUGCCUUUCCUUUUCCAUAUGCAAAAUUUCUUUCAGUUUGUGUGGACCCACCCCACUAUGGAGAGUACCACUUGACACUUCAAGCCCUUGACAUGUGUCUGAGCUUUGCCCUGCUAUGUGCAUCCCUGACAGUGUUCCUCAAGCUUUCUGCAAGACUUAUCCAGAAUGGACACAUAAAUGGUCAAAAGAAUGGACGUUAAAUUUGGAGCAAUGUUCUAAAAUUUGCCUUAUUUGUGGUUAUUAUUUUGAAACAUUUACAAAAUAAUUUUGGUCU